AUGCGUCUAUUGAAGCGCAGUAGCAGUGGGGGACUAAGCCUGACAGACGACCUGGUUGACGACGAUAUCCCUCGAAACUACGCCAUCCUCUCGCAUACAUGGAUACAUGGCGAGGAGGUCACAUUCGAAGAGUUUAGAAAAGGGAUGCGAAAGCACACAGUUGGGUAUAGGAAGAUCGAGUUCUGUGGAGAGCAGGCCGCUCGCGAUGGGUUGGAGCCAUCAAACUCUAUGUUUCGGUGGUAUCAUAAUGCGACACGAUGCUAUGUCUAUCUCUCGGAUGUUUCGGGACCGGUCUCUGGCGCAAACAACUCACAUCUACAACGGUGGGAGACGGAAUUUCGGAAAAGUCGAUGGUUCCGGAGAGGCUGGACUCUUCAGGAGCUGAUCGCUCCAGAGACGGUCGACUUUUUCUCCAAAGACCGAGCGUUGUUGGGAAGUAAGAAAGUACUCGAGCAGCAGAUUCGCGAAAUUACUGGAAUUCCUGUAACUGCUCUUCGAGGAUGCGUUCUAUCUCAAUACAGCGUAGCGGAGCGACUGUCGUGGGCCGAAGACCGCGAGACCACAGAAAUGGAAGACAAAGUCUACUCAUUACUGGGUAUUUUCGGCGUACAUGUGCCUCUGAUCUAUGGCGAAGGGAUAGACAACGCAUUCCGGCGGCUCCAUUUCGAGAUUGACAGAGCAUCGAAGAGCGACCAUUUCGAAGACUUUUCCGUCGGCUUUAGUCUUGCUGACGCCUCGGAGACGGAGCACUUUGUUGUGCGAGAGACAGAGCUCAAGGAAAUACACCAAACACUCAGUGGCGAUGGCAUCCGUCGCAUCGCUGUCCUUCACGGGUUGGGAGGAAUCGGCAAGACACAACUGACGGUUGCAUAUGCGAAGCAAUAUCGAGCCAACUACUCGACCGUGCUCUGGCUCAACGCCAAAGAUGAGGAUACUCUAAAGCAGAGCUUUGGCAAUGUAGCCCCGAGGAUAUUACAAGAGCACCCGUCUGCUCAACGCCUUAAUGGAGUGGAUUUGAAAGGGAGCUUAGACGAGGUGGUGGAAGCCGUUAAGGGGUGGCUAAGUCUUCCUAAGAACACAAGAUGGCUGGUCAUCUAUGAUAACUACGACAAUCCAAAGGUAGCGGGCAACACGGAUGCCGGAGCAUUAGAUAUCCGAAAAUACCUGCCAGAAUCACAUCAAGGAUCAGUUAUUGUCACUACGCGGUCGUCUCAGGUCACCGUUGGCCAUCGCAUCCCCGUCCGAAAGCUGGAGGACGUGCAGGAUUGCCUUGAAAUACUAUCAAAUGCAUCAAGGCGAGAAGGAUUGAUUGAUGAUCCCGACGCAGUCAAGCUUGUGAACGAGUUGGAUGGACUCCCUCUGGCACUUACAACUGCUGGAGCAUAUCUUGAACAAGUGACGACCAGUUUUGCAGAGUAUCUUCGUCUGUAUAACGAAUCAUGGCUGAAACUGCAGCGGAGAAGUCCUGAGCUGAGCUCAUACGAAGAUCGGACACUCUACUCUACCUGGGACAUCUCCUUUAAGCAUGUUCAACAGCAGAACCGACUUUCGGCCCAGCUCCUACUACUAUGGGCUUACUUCGAUAAUCAGGACCUCUGGUUCGAACUUCUUCGCCAUGGCGAUAUAGGUGAUCCGGAGUGGGUUCGCGAGCUUACUGAAGACCGAGUGGACUUCGACGACGCAGUUCGGGUGUUGUGCAACCACGGGCUCGUAGAAGCAAACUCGACUUCGCGGGAGAUGGUGGAGUCUCAAGGGUACAGCAUGCACAGUUGCGUACACUCGUGGACACGGCAUGUUCUAAAUCAAGAGGGGAAUGGGGAGCUGGCGAGGCUCGCGCUUAAAUGCAUCGGAUUACAUGUUCCUCUUACCUCGAGUGAUCGGUGGUGGAUUACGCAGCGACGGCUUCUGGCGCAUGCUGCUGGCUGUUCAUCGAUACUGAAAGGCGCAAAUGGCGGGAUGGAGUGGGCAUUACACAACCUGGGCGACCUCUACAAAGACCAAGGGAAACUGAAGGAGGCAGAAGAGAUGUACAUGCAAGCGCUGCAAGGAAAGGAGGAGGCACUUGGACCGAAGCACACAUCGACGCUCAACACGGCUGGAAUGAUAUCGACUAACUUUUUGACAGAAGAGGCCGCAGACGACAUGGGCGGGACAGAGGAAGCGGCCGAGAUGGUAGAUGAGAAGGAUGCAAAGAGAGGACGUCGGUCAGUUGUGAGAAGAUUUAUGCGCAAACUCGUAAGAUGA